AUGACCGGUGCUGACCCCCCUUCUCUCUCGCGCAGGUACAUCACUGGCGUCGCCGUCCGCUUGGCCGUCGAUCUCGGCCUUCACCACGAGGACGGAACGGAUGUCGAGGCAUCGUCCGGCGCCGAGGCCGCCGCUCAGGAUCGCGGCCGGCGACUCUGGACCCGCGACAUGCGACGCCGUCUCUGGUGGUGCACCUACUCCUUCGACCGACUCGUCAGCACCUGCGUCGGGCGGCCGUUUGGCAUCAGCGACCAGGUCAUCACCACCGAGCUGCCCUCGCUGCUCGACGACGCGUACAUCACGCCCGCCGGCUUCCUGGACCCGCCCGAGCCGGAGCAGAACCCGAGCUGCAAGCACGUCGCCCACCACUACUUCCGACUGCGCAUGCUCCAGUCCGAGAUGCUGCAGGUGCUGCAGUACAACCAGGCCCAGCUCGUGCGAGCCGGCGGCAACCAGCGGCGACAGUACCCCGAGAUGCACACCCACCUCCCGUCGCCCUUCCUCGUCCACUUCGACUCCUUCCGGUCCUGGCGAGUCGACAUCGACCGGCGGCUGUACCAGUGGCGGGCCAAUGCGCCGACGCGCGUCGAGACGGGCGUCGCCUUCUCGACCGAGUUCCUCGAGCUCAACUACUGGCAGGCCAUCAUCAUGCUCUACCGCCAGAGCCUGAGCGUGCCUACCAUGUUCGAGGGGGAGUACAACACGUCGGACGAGGUCAACAGCCCGACGGCCUUCACCGCCGAGCUGCAGGGAGACGAGGACGCCAUCUACCUCAAGGUGGCCGAGGCGGGCCAGAAGAUUCUGCGCAUCUACCGCCAGCUCCACCUCAGCGGCCUCGUGAGCUACACGUACCUGUCGACGCAUCAUCUCUUCAUGGCCGGCAUCUCGUACCUGUACGCCAUCUGGCACUCGCCCAUGACGAUGGACGAGGUCGACUUCACCGUCCUGGCCGCGAAAUCCGUCUUCACCGACAUGAUAGACAAGUGCCCGCCCGCCGAGACGUGCCGCGAUGCCUUUGACCGAACGGCCAAGGCGACGAUCAAGAUGGCCAGCUCCAGCGGCGGCUUCGGCGCCGCGGCCCAGCAGCCGAGGCGGCAGCGACGCGAGGUGACGAGUUGGGCGGCGGCGACGCCAGACGUGACGGCGCUGAAAGCUCCCUCCCGCCACCGACACCACCCGUCGGACCACGCCUCGUUCUCCUUCGACAUCAUGAUACCGGAUAGCCUUUCGUCGCCGAGCCUGUCGGCCACGGGCGACCUGUACUCGCCACCGCCGGGCCAGUCCAAGGCCUUCAACGCGGACACGUUCAUGCCGCACCCGCGCUCCCACGGCGGACCGAGCCCCGACGAUCGGACGACGAGCCAGGAUGGGGCGUCGUCCAUUGACCCGGCGCUCGUGCCGUCGCCUGCGUCGUCUCGACGGACGGCGCCGCUGGAGUCGCGCGAGUCGGCCGCCGCCAUGGUCGGCUCCAAGUAUGCGAUGCAAGGCACGACCGACUACCCUGACGCCCAGGCCAUGGACUUUCUGCAUACCAUCGGCGCCGCGCGCAACGGCGAGGUGAACGGCAUGGACCAGGCCCAGCUCGACCUCGGCUUCGGCAUCAACUGGGAAGGGAUGCACAACGACUACGGCGAGGGCCCGCACGUGAGCCCCUUCGACGCCUUCUUCUUCGGCGGCCAACAGGGCGGCGGCGGAAGCUGA